GCAUGCAGCAUUCUCGUGCUAUGCUAUGUAUUACUAAUUCAUUUUCAGGAGUCAAUAUUUUUAAUAAAAGGGAACCAAAUUUAAAUGCAAGAGGCACGGGAAAGGUAAAGAGGCUGAGAGGUGGUGUGGUGCCAUCAUCGAGAUCGAGGAGAGAGUGUGUCUCUCUUUACUAUGAUGGACAGUUUCAGAGCUUCUUCCCCAAGAAAUUAAAAUUAAGACAUUUAGAAAAUGGGGGAAAAAAAGAAAGAAGAAGAAGAUAUUUUUCUGACCUUGUCUUAUAAUACAUCACUUUUAACGUCAUCGUGAACACAUGGCCUUUUACAUAAUAAACACAUAUAGACAUACUGUAUAAUAAAGGGUAGCCAGGCACCACCAAUACUUAUGGUUUUGUUUUCCCCUACCCCUAAAAAAAAAAAAAAAGAGAAAAGAAAUAUCCUAAAAGAUUCAUCCCUAGCUUACUUACCUGAAACUGUCGGCGUCCAUGGAGGAUAAAGAAGAAGGUCGUCGUCACCGCCUCUGCGACUACUGCGACUCCUCCGUGGCUCUUGUCUACUGCAAAGCUGACUCCGCCAAGCUCUGUCUCGCCUGCGACAAGCAAGUCCACGCCGCCAACCAACUCUUCGCCAAACACUUCAGGUCACUUCUCUGCGACUCCUGUCACGACUCUCCCUCUUCCCUUUUCUGCGACACCGAAAGGUCUGUCCUUUGCCAGAACUGCGAUUGGCAGCACCACACUUCCACCUCCCUUCACUCCCGGCGUCCUUUCGAAGGCUUUUCCGGCUGUCCCUCCGUCCCCGAGUUUUUGGCAAUCCUCGGACUCGAUGACCUCGCCCCCGAUUCCGGCUUGCUUUUGGAUCAGGCUCCGCCGGAGAUCCUCAGCCUCAGUGACCUGGUUGCUUCAGGCGGGUCUGCUACUCAUCAUUUCCGUGCUACCGACGUUCCUCCUCUGCCUAAGAAUCGCCACGCCACCUGCGGGAAAUACAAAGAUGAGAUGAUCCGACAGCUCCGUGGACUGGCUAGAUCCGAGCCGAGUUGUCUGAAAUUCGAAGCGACAGAUGCUGAGAUCGAUGCCGGAUUCCAGUUCCUGGCGCCGGAUUUGUUUCCUACAUGCGAGCUGGAGAGUGGACUGAAAUGGUUCGAUUUCGAUCAGCAAGAUGAGGACUUUCCAUAUUGCUCUCUGCUGAGAAACUUGUCAGAGUCAGAUGAGAAACAUGAGAACGUUGACCGAAACUCUUCGGUGAUGGUUCCCGUUUCUGACUGCUUUAACCGACCCGAGGAAGAUAACGUGGUGGUGCCACUUUGCACCACUACGAGGGAGAUCAACAGUCUUGAGAGGAACUCUGCUCUCUCUCGCUACAAAGAAAAGAAGAAAUCUCGAAGGUACGAGAAACACAUCAGGUAUGAAUCACGCAAGGUUCGUGCAGAAAGCAGGACAAGAAUCAGGGGACGUUUCGCCAAGGCUGCAGAUCCAUGAUGUGCUCUCCAAUUCCUUCUGAAGAUAGUCAAAAUCGAUCUUUUGUAUUAAUCGAAUCAUUAUCACUGUCUAUGAUCAGAUGAUGUUUUUGUAUUCUAAGCUUUAGGAGUUACCUACCACUGUAUAUUUGACCCCAAUCUCAUAUUAUUUAAUCACUUUGAGAAAACGCAUGUUUCAAACACAUGACAUAAUGGAUUGUAUCUCUUUUUCUUGAAC